CAACCAAUGUAUGUGAUCAAGGUGCCUCAAAUGUAAGUGCCAUCAAUAGUUUAAUUGAAGAAACGAGAGUUGAAUAUUUGAGGAAAGGUUGAAGAAUUAAAAGAAGCUGUAUUUAAACUAGAUGGGGAAGAAGUUGUUCCAUUAUAUUAUGAUGUUCCACAUCUACUAAAAGGAAUCAGAAAUAGCGUUCUGAACAAAAAUCUUAAAUAUGUAAUGGAUGGGACAUUAAGGGCUGCUAAAUGGGAUCACAUCAUUAAACUAUUUGAAUGUAACCCCACAUAUAAAGGGGUAAGUCUAAUAAAAAAUCUAUCAGAAUCGCACUGUAACCCAAAUAAAAUACCAAAAAUGAAAGUUAAGUUUGCAGCACAAAUAUUUAGCCACACAGUUGGGUGGAACAUGGGCUUUUUGGCAGAACAAGGAUUGUUGCCUGAAGAUUGCAAAGACACAGCAGACCUUCUCCUGUUCUUUGACAAUCUUUUUGAUUCCCUAAAUGGCAGUUUCAAAAAUUCAUCAAAGAAAAGUGGAAAAGUUCUUCUACAAGCAGUGACCCCGACAUCCAAGCACCAAGAUACUUGGAAUAAGUCAAAAAGUGUUCUAAAAUCAAUGAAAUUAUUCACCAAAGAAGGAGAAGCCUUCAAUUACUAA